ACGCUUGAAAGCGCUGGUUUCGUACCGCGUUCGUUCUGCCCGUAUUGGUCUCCUUCCAGAGGAGUUAGCGUAGCUCAGGUCGUUGUUGUUGUUGCCAGUGUUAUUUCUUGAAACAGGUUAAUGAGGUUACCACCGAUAUCUUUUCUUUGAGUCAGUCAAUGUGAUUUAAUUUCGGCUGGGCUGUGAGAGAUACGUAGAUCCGGGUUCCUUGCCUUUUAUUAUUGUUAACGUAUCUUAAGUACAUUCACGCUUGGAAAAUUCGGCCGGAGGGAACCUUGCUGGCUGAUCUGGGCUGUAAAGGUUGUGAGGUUUAGUGCGCGCGAGGCUUACAGAGUUGCAUAUUUCGCGUUGUUCGUGCUUCUGCUGGUGCACCGAUCUGUGAGGGGGGACCGAAAGUGUUCAGUUGAGUAAUGUCUUAAGCGGCCUUGUUGGCACGGCAAGUCGAAAUGCAGAGUUGGUGUUGAGCAAAUUUUCAUGCUGCAGUACAAAAAAUAAGUUUUCAGUCAGAUUCCCCGAGUGAGUGAGUGUCUGGUGUAUGUGACUGUGGCCAGACUAUCUGAUCCAGCUGUAAGCAGAGAACAGCUCCGGAACGCAGCGGACGCAACUUUGUUCAGAAACGAUAAUAAUGUCGAUUCGGAGUAGCCAUUAAUUCUCGGCCCAACAGUGUCAAUUUUUUUGCGACUGCGAAAAUGGAUGUUCCUUGUUGGAAGAUAGUUCUCUUACUCGUCGGAGUCAUAAGAUUUACACAACCGACCGACGUUCUACCAAAUGAAACUGGCUUUAGUCGAAUAGAAAAGCAACGAUAUGAUGGCUGGUACAACAAUUUGGCUCAUCCAGAUUGGGGAUCUGUUGACAGUCACCUGGUCCGAAAGGCACCCCCUGCAUACUCCGAUGGGGUUUAUGCCUUAGCAGGUAUCAACCGACCAUCACCGCGACGGUUGAGUCGUCUUUUCAUGCGGGGUCAAGAUGGCUUAGGUUCCAAAACAAAUAGGACCGCCCUACUUGCAUUCUUCGGGCAGGUGGUAGCCAACGAAAUCGUUAUGGCUUCCGAAUCUGGUUGUCCCAUAGAAAUGCAUCGAAUUGACAUUGAAAAAUGCGAUGAUAUGUACGACAAAGAAUGUCGGGGAAAUCGUUAUAUUCCAUUCUUGAGGGCGGCAUAUGAUCGGGAUACUGGACAGAGCCCAAAUGCUCCAAGAGAACAGGUUAACCAAAUGACUGCUUGGAUUGAUGGCAGUUUCAUCUACAGUACAUCGGAGGCAUGGCUGAAUGCUAUGCGGUCAUUCCAGAAUGGUUCGUUGCUGACCGAGAAGGAAGGUCGCAUGCCAAUCAGGAAUACAAUGCGAGUUCCACUUUUCAAUCAUCCACUACCGCAUGUGAUGAGGACCUUAAGUCCGGAGCGAUUAUUCUUACUCGGUGACCCGCGAACUAAUCAAAAUCCUGCUCUUCUCUCAUUCGGGAUCCUGUUCCUGCGAUGGCAUAAUACUUUGGCGAAGCGUAUCAAACGCCAACAUCCUGACUGGAGUGAUGAAGACAUAUUCCAGCGAACUCGUCGCAUUGUUAUAGCUAGUCUUCAAAAUAUAAUUUUUUAUGAAUAUUUGCCAGAAUUUUUGGGCUCUAAAAUGCCUGAAUAUACGGGGUACAACCAAGAUGUCCAUCCUGGCGUUGGUCAUCUUUUCCAAGCAGCAGCUUUCCGAUUUGGUCAUACCAUGAUACCACCAGGAAUUUACAGACGUGACGCUAAGUGCAACUUUAGGAAGACAUCCAUGGGGUAUCCGGCUAUGCGUCUGUGUUCGACUUGGUGGGACUCGAAUGACUUUCUGGCCAAGUCAUCAGUCGAAGAGAUCCUUAUGGGUCUUUCAUCGCAAAUUUCCGAGCGUGAGGAUCCGGUACUAUGCUCCGAUGUGCGUGAUAAACUGUUUGGUCCGAUGGAGUUCACCAGAAGAGAUUUGGGAGCUUUGAACAUUAUGCGAGGAAGAGAUAAUGGACUUCCUGAUUAUAACACCGCACGUGAAGCCCUAGGACUAUCAAAGAGGAAAACCUGGGAAGAAAUCAAUCCAGAACUAUUUAAAGCUAAGCCGGAGUUAUUAAAAGCUCUAAUUUCCGUUUACAACAACCAACUGGACAACAUCGACGUCUACGUAGGCGGUAUGCUGGAAUCCUACGGAGGUCCUGGCGAACUAUUCACGGCUGUCAUCAAAGAACAAUUCAUUAGGAUUCGGGACGCUGACCGAUUCUGGUUCGAGAAUAAUCGCAGCAAUAUGUUUACCCCUGAAGAAAUCGCAGAACUUCGCAAGAUCACCCUUUGGGACGUGAUCGUCAAUAGCACCGACAUAAAACCAGGUGACAUCCAGAAGAACGUAUUCAUGUGGCAUAAAAAUGAUCCCUGCCCGCAACCAAUGCAGCUAAACGCUUCUGAGUUAGAACCAUGCAGCUACUUGCAAGGAUAUGAUUAUUUCUCAGGAUCAGAGCUGACUUUCAUUUAUGCCUGCGUCUUCCUUGGUUUUGUUCCGAUAUUGCUCGCUGGAGCAGGAUAUUGUGUUGUGAAGUUACAAAACAGCAAACGAAGGAAACUGAAGAUACGCCAGGAAGCAAUUAAGUCCAGUGCCCAACAUAAAGGAUCUGUGGAUAAGAUGAUAGCGAGGGAAUGGUUGCAUGCCAAUCACAAGCGAUUGGUUACUGUGAAAUUUGGUCCUGAAGCUGCAAUAUACACAGUCGAUCGUAAAGGCGAGAAAUUAAGGACGUUUUGCCUGAAAAAUGUCGAUUUAGUCACCGUGGAAGAGUCUCAAAUAACAAAUUUAAGGAAGAAACCAUAUCUCCUGAUAAGAAUUCAUAACGAUCAUGAUUUGGUGCUUGAAUUAGAUUCAGUGAAUUCUCGAAGGAAGUUUAUCAAGAAAUUAGAAGAUUUCCUGCUGCUACAUAAAAGAGAGUUGACUGUAAUUGAGGUUCCUAAGGACAUCAUGCUAACUCGUGCGGAAACUCGAGAAAGAAGACAAAAGCGUCUGGAAUACUUCUUCAGAGAAGCAUAUGCCCUUACCUUCGGCCUAAAACCUGGCGAGCGCAGACGCCGUUCAGACACCUCAGCCGAUGGCGAAGUCAUGACCGUCAUGCGAACUAGCCUUUCCACUGCCGAAUUCGCCGCAGCACUUGGGAUGAAAUCAAACGACAUGUUUGUUCGAAAAAUGUUCAAUAUUGUUGACAAGGAUCAAGACGGACGAAUAUCCUUCCAAGAGUUCCUGGAGACUGUAGUACUAUUUUCACGAGGAAAGACCGAGGAUAAGUUGCGAAUCAUUUUUGAUAUGUGUGAUAAUGAUCGGAAUGGAGUAAUAGACAAGGAAGAACUGAGCGAAAUGAUGCGAUCCUUGGUAGAGAUUGCAAGAACCACUAGUCUUAGGGAUGACCAGGUUACCGAGCUUAUUGAUGGAAUGUUCCAGGAUGUAGGCUUGGAGCAUAAGAAUCAUUUGACUUACCAAGACUUUAAGCUUAUGAUGAAGGAGUAUAAGGGAGACUUUGUUGCGAUCGGUUUGGAUUGCAAAGGAGCGAAACAAAAUUUCUUGGAUACAUCAACGAAUAUUGCACGAAUGACUUCGUUUCAUAUUGAACCUGUGCAGGAUAUUCAUCGACAUUGGCUGCAGAAGCAAUGGGAUAGUUACACAACUUUCUUGGAAGAGAAUAGACAAAAUAUCUUUUAUUUAUUUUUAUUUUAUGUGAUUACGAUCGUACUGUUUGUUGAGAGGUUCAUACAUUACUCCUUUAUGGCUGAGCAUACUGAUCUGAGGCAUAUUAUGGGGGUAGGCAUUGCUAUAACUCGUGGAUCAGCUGCAUCACUAUCAUUUUGCUACUCCCUGUUGCUGCUAACAAUGUCGAGAAAUCUGAUAACAAAACUGAAAGAGUUCCCAAUCCAACAAUACAUCCCCUUGGACUCUCAUAUCCAGUUCCAUAAAAUCGCCGCCUGUACAGCCCUGUUUUUCUCGCUCCUCCAUACAGUCGGUCACAUAGUGAAUUUCUAUCAUGUUUCGACCCAGUCCGUUGAAAAUCUUCACUGCCUCACAAGAGAGGUUCACUUCGCGUCCGACUAUAAGCCUGAUCUGACCUUCUGGUUGUUCCAAACAGUUACUGGUCUAACCGGUGUCCUUCUUUUCAUCAUAAUGGCAGCGAUCUUCGUUUUCGCCCAUCCGACCAUCAGGAAGAAGGCAUACAAAUUCUUCUGGAACGUUCAUGCUCUAUACAUCUUGCUUUAUAUUUUGUGUUUGAUUCAUGGACUGGCGAGACUUACAGGACCACCGAGAUUCUGGAUGUUCUUCAUCGGACCGGGAAUUAUUUACACCUUGGAUAAGAUCGUCUCACUACGUACAAAAUACAUGGCCCUAGACGUCAUGGAAACCGAUCUUCUCCCAUCCGACGUGAUCAAAAUCAAGUUCUACCGUCCGCCCAAUCUAAAAUACCUCUCCGGACAAUGGGUUCGUCUAUCCUGCACCGCCCUGCGACCAACUGAAAUGCAUAGCUUCACCCUUACGUCUGCUCCACAUGAAAACUUCCUUAGCUGCCAUAUCAAGGCACAAGGACCAUGGACAUGGAAGCUUAGGAACUAUUUCGAUCCAUGCAACUACAACCCGGAGGAUCAACCGAAAAUCCGUAUCGAAGGUCCCUUUGGAGGUGGCAACCAAGACUGGUACAAAUUCGAAGUGGCUGUUAUGGUCGGCGGUGGAAUAGGUGUCACUCCAUAUGCAUCGAUUCUCAACGAUUUGGUAUUCGGAACUAGCACGAAUCGGUACUCAGGAGUGGCUUGCAAGAAAGUCUACUUCUUGUGGAUUUGUCCGUCCCAUAAGCAUUUCGAAUGGUUCAUCGAUGUUUUGCGUGAUGUUGAGAAGAAGGACGUUACCAAUGUAUUAGAAAUUCAUAUUUUCAUAACACAAUUUUUCCAUAAAUUCGAUUUAAGGACUACGAUGCUGUAUAUUUGUGAAAACCACUUCCAGAGGUUGGCUAAAACUUCAAUAUUCACGGGACUUAAGGCUGUUAACCAUUUUGGACGCCCUGAUAUGUCGAGCUUCCUCAAGUUUGUUCAGAAGAAACAUUCAUAUGUCUCAAAAAUUGGUGUAUUCUCCUGUGGACCGCGCCCCUUAACCAAGAGUGUAAUGUCGGCAUGUGAUGAAGUGAACAAAGGACGCAAGUUACCAUAUUUCAUUCACCAUUUCGAGAAUUUCGGUUAGAACCGACUCUAAUUUAUAGGCGACAUUUUUUUAAAUGUAUUUGUUGAUUUGAUUACGUUUAAAUGUUCAAUGUUUUUUUUUUAUAUAAAUAUGUAUGUAGUUUGUGAACCUCUUCAAAUGUGUAUUUUUGUAUAGUAAAUGAAUAAAUUAAAGUAUGGU